UUAGUGUUAUUUUGUUUUACCAUCGAUAGCUUCCUUUGCUUGGUCGGGGCGGCUGCGGAGCGGCGGAGUGGCGUGGACCUCAUGUAGAAAUGACAACAAUGGAAGGGGCCAGCGGGUCGAGUUUUGGAAUAGACACGAUUUUGUCCAGUGCCAGUUCGGGCAGCCCCGGCAUGAUGAAUGGAGAUUUCCGCCCGCUCGGCGAGGCCAGGACCGCGGAUUUUAGGAGUCAGGCCACUCCGUCCCCCUGUUCGGAGAUUGAUACCGUAGGAACGGCGCCUUCUUCUCCCAUCUCGGUCACCAUGGAGCCCCCGGAACCGCAUCUGAUUGCGGACGGGCCCCAGCAUCACCACCACCUGCACCACAGCCAGCAGCCGCCGCCAGCCGCGGCCCCCACGCAAAGUUUGCAGCCUUCGCCCCAGCAGCAGCAGCCGCCGCCGCCGCCGCCAGCGGCCCAGCAGCUGGGCUCAGCCGCCUCGGCACCCAGGACUUCCACCUCUUCUUUUUUAAUUAAGGACAUCUUGGGCGACAGCAAACCUCUGGCGGCGUGUGCACCGUACAGCACCAGCGUCUCCUCUCCCCACCACACCCCGAAGCAGGAGAGCAAUGCAGCACACGAGAGCUUCAGGCCAAAGCUCGAGCAGGAGGACAGCAAAGCCAAACUGGACAAGCGGGAAGAGUCCCAGAGCGACAUCAAAUGCCACGGAACAAAGGAGGAAGGAGACCGGGAGAUUUCAAGUAGCCGAGAGAGUCCCCCUGUGAGAGCCAAAAAGCCUCGUAAAGCCAGGACGGCUUUCUCCGACCACCAACUCAAUCAACUGGAGCGUAGCUUUGAACGACAGAAGUACCUGAGUGUGCAGGAUCGCAUGGACCUGGCGGCUGCACUCAACCUCACUGAUACCCAGGUCAAGACCUGGUACCAGAACCGCAGGACCAAGUGGAAGCGGCAGACCGCGGUGGGCCUGGAGCUGCUGGCUGAGGCGGGGAAUUACUCGGCACUGCAGAGGAUGUUUCCAUCGCCUUAUUUCUACCACCCAAGCCUGCUGGGCAGCAUGGACAGCACUACAGCCGCGGCGGCCGCCGCCGCCAUGUACAGCAGCAUGUACCGGACUCCUCCUGCGCCCCAUCCCCAGCUGCAGCGGCCCCUGGUGCCCCGAGUGCUCAUCCACGGCCUGGGGCCCGGGGGACAGCCGGCCCUCAAUCCCUUGUCCAACCCCAUCCCAGGUACCCCGCACCCCCGGUGAAGAGCGAGCCUGCAGACCCUCCCUGUCCCCUCCCCGACCAGGACAGCUGCCCCUCCUCUCCCCCAACCAGGCAGUCUGGCCUCCCUUGCAGCCUACCAGGAAGCAAAGAAGUGAGAGAGGAAGAUGCUCAGCAGUGGGCGGGGGUCCCCCGAAAGAGCCAGCCCUCCGCACUUCAUCUCCCCACCCCCAGAGACAGGGCUGGAAAGCUCCCCCACAGCAGUAUGACUGGCGAAAACGCUGACCCCACACAAGAGUGCGACCAGUAAGUGAAAACAUCAA